AUGCUACAGCAGCAAUGCCCCCAUCAUUCGAUGGGCGCACACGUGUCGACCCGAAACCUUGAAGAUCGAUAUCUCAAGUUCAAGGGAACCGAUGAAGAUUCCCUUUUGAGGUGGUUCGCCGAGUUAGAUGACGCCAUCAGGGCCCGUCACACUGAGGGUGACGAGAUGCAAGUCACCUUCGUUCUGCCAAAUUUGACAGGACGAGCAACGACUUGGGCCUUAGGGCUCAAGCUUCACGACCCAAACGUGUUUGAGUCGUUAAAGAUCUUGAAUUCUCGGCUCAAGGAUACGUUUGAGCCGCCGAGAGCCGAGUUCAAUGCACGCUCUGCACUCUGGAGGUUCAAGCAAAGUCAGCGUGAUGUGCAUGCUUACGCACAACAUCUACGCUACCUUGUGAGUAGCGUUACGGAGAACCCUGUUGAUGAGCACACGCUCAUCAACGUGGUCGUCUACGGCCUUGUAGAUGGACUGCUCAAGACCUACAUGUUCCAAAAGGACUUCCGUACACUGGAAAUGGCGAUAGCGUAUGCGGAACAAGAAGACUUCAGCCUGAUACACUCUCGGUCUAACUCGUCAAACUGUCGUCCGACGAAACGACAAUAA